UUGGUGUAUUUGAAUAGAUAUACAAUGUAUUGUAGGUACGAGCUUUUGUCAAUUUUUGUAAGCCAACCCUAGUAGUAGAUGGAGCUCACCUAAAGGGCGAGUUCAAAGGUACCAUGCUACUUGCAGUUACUAAGGACGGACAAAAUCAAAUAUUACCGGUUGCAUAUGGUAUAUGCAAAAAUGAGUGUACUGAUUCUUGGACAUGGUUUUUUCAAAAACUACGUGAUUGCAUAGGAAAUAUGCAGGAGCUUACAAUUAUAUCUGAUAGGUCUCCAUCUAUAGCAACAUCCGUUGCCAACAUUUUUCCUCACGCUCAUCAUGGAAUAUGUGGUGUCCAUUUGUAUUUCAACAUAGUAUCUAGAUUCAGCAAGAGUAAAACGGUUAAAGGAAUUUUUUGGGAGGCGUGUAGGGCGUACACAGUUGAUGCUUUUGAUGCUGCCAUGGAUGUUAUGAAAAAGACAAAAGAACCAGUAUGGGAGUACUUAAAAAGUAUAAAUCCAAAAACCUGGUCAAGGGCACAUUUUAAAGGGAACCGAUACAAUCUUAUGUCGUCCAACAGUGCGGAGUCUAUAAAUGCAUUAUUUAGACACGCACGUAAGGUGCCAAUACUUAUGUUGAUUGAUUUUUUUCGUGCUACAAUGCAACAAUGGUGGUUUCAAAGACGUAACUUUGCAGCGGAAGCAACAACAACACUUACCCCUUGGGCGGAUGAAGUUGUAAAAGAAAACAAGAAAAAUUUUACCAAAUGGGAUGUUCGCAUGAUCUCAAAUACGAAAUGCGAGGUCAAAAAGGGGGCACAAAAUGUGAUUGUUGAUUUUCAACAUAUGACAUGUACAUGUAGGCAUUGGCAACUUGAUGGGAUACCUUGUGGUCAUGUCAUAAGAUGUUUAACAGUGAACAAUUACCAAGACUGCUCGAGGUUUGCAUUAAAUGCUUACUUUACCGAAACACUGAGGAAAACAUAUGAGGAAUCAGUAAACCCUCUGCCGAAGCCAUCCGAAUGGGAGAUCCCCGAUGAUUUGAUGAUUGUUAAGCCACCUAUAAUGGAUAAACGUCAGCCAGGCAGGCCAAGAAACACAGACCGCAUUCCAUCCCAAGGCGAGGGUCCAAUUAUAAAAGAGUGUUCUACAUGUGGUCACCUAGGACACACGAGAAAUAAUUGUACUGGAAGGGCGUCUGGUAGCAGAGCAGGUCACAUAAUUUCUACUGCAGAAAUGGCAUAUAAUAUUGGUGGUUCAGCGGGUUGCUCACAAACCCAUAACGCUGAUUUUGAUAUUAAACAACCUUGAAAUUAAGAGUAAUGACGAGUUGUUAGCUUAUUAUGUAUUGUAAUAUUUUUAUUAACUCUUACAAGACAUUGCUAUGCUUUCAUAUUUUAGUUAAGUUUGUUGAUUAUAACAAUGAAU